AUGCAGGGCUUCAGCAGGCUGGUGGACAAAGUGAAGGACAAGGCGGCCGAGAUCAGAGCAGAGAUCGCGGAGGCGGCGGCGGCCCCUGCGCUGGGGCCGGCGUCGUCGUCAGCAGGCGGCGCGUCCGCGUCGGCGGUCGGGCAGCUGGUCUCACAGCAGCUGGACACCCCGGAAGCUGCCCAGGCGGCGGGGGCGCGGCAGCUGGGGCUGCACCUGUGCGGCCACGAUGUGGAGGGGGUGUCCAUUGCUGGGCAGAACAACACGCGGCCAGCCUCGCUGCAUCCGCCAGCGCCGCGCAGCUUCCAGGCGACGCUCGCCGCCGCCGCACCCGCCUGCGUGCAGGAGACCUGCAUCAUCCUGCCGCGCCUGAGGGUCGCAUUUGACGUCGGCCGCUGCCCACAGCUGUUGGGCAUGGACCCUGCGCGCUACGUGGUGCACCCCCACUACGUGGACCGGCUGCACCAGCUGCUGGCGCUCUGCAAGGACCUGGAAGGCGGCUCGCCCCCCUUGAUGUACGACAUCACGCCGCUGCAGACGGGCGAGGAGAUCACGCUGCCAUCGGGCCACAUCGGCUACCUGCUUUACAGCUACCGCAAGAAGCUCAAGGCGGAGCUGGUGGGGCGCAGCCAGGAGGAGAUCAGGGCGCUCAGGGCCGCGGGGCAGGAGGUGACAGACACGUAUCAGAUCCCGGAAGUGGCGUUCACAGGUGACACCAGCGGGGCGCUAUUUGAGGAUCCAGCCACCCCCGCUGACCUGUACCGCGCGAAGCUGCUCAUCGUGGAGCUCACGUUUGUGGACGAGACCGUGUCCUUCGAGCAGGCGCGCGAGCGCGGCCACAUGCACGUGGCUGAUCUGGUGGCUCACGCCCACAAGUUCCACAACGAGGCCAUCCUGCUCAUACACUUCAGCGCAAGGUACACGCGGGCUCAAAUAUUGGCGGCGCUAGAGGCCAACAUGCCCCCCUCCCUGCGUUCAAAGUGCGUCCCCUUCCUCAACGGGUUCGCGUGA